UCUGAUUUUCUGGUUCAAUUUUCCCAGGAAACAAACAGCUCCACUAAAACGAAGGCCGUACGCUCCAAGAGCCUCUCUUCUUCUCUCGUUUCCUUAAAACCAAUAACCACCAAAAAAAACAAAACAAAACAAAACAAAAAACAAAAACAACGUCUCUCUCAUUUUUUCAUGUUCGACGAUCCUUAUCACCGAAAACUCUUAACUCUCACAUUCCCGAUUUAGAGCCCAUUGUCAUUUCACAGUCACCAGAGCUUGGAUCGUUCCCAUGAAUCGUUACGAUUCUAACCCUUUCGCCGAUGACGAGGUCAAUCCAUUUGCGAAUCCUGGAAGUGUCCCCCCUGCAAACUCGAGGCUUUCACCUCUUCCUCCUGAACCCUAUGAUCGCAAUGCAACAGUUGAUAUUCCUCUUGAUAAUUCAAAGAGUUUAAAAGCAAAGGAGAAGGAACUCCACGCAAAAGAGGCUGAAUUGAAAAAGAAGGAACAGGAACUAAAGCGGCGGGAAGACGCCAUAGCACGAGCUGGAGUUGUUAUAGAGGAGAAAAACUGGCCUCCAUUUUUCCCCAUCAUCCAUCAUGACAUUGCAAACGAAAUACCAAUCCAUCUACAGAGGAUCCAGUAUGUUGCGUUCACAACAUAUCUGGGUUUGAUUGUGUGUCUUCUGUGGAAUAUUCUGGCAGUUACCGUAGCCUGGUUCAAAGGAGAAGGUCCAAUAAUUUGGCUUCUGGCUGUAAUCUACUUCAUAGCAAGUGUUCCGCUAUCCUAUUUCCUCUGGUAUCGCCCGCUUUAUCGUGCUAUGAGGACUGAUAGUGCUCUGAGUUUUGCUGGGUUUUUCUUGUCUUAUCUGCUCCACAUUGCAUUUUGCGUCUAUGCUGCAAUUGCUCCUCCAAUUGUCUUCAAAGGGAAAUCUAUCACAGGUAUUUUGCCUGCAAUAGAACUGCUGGGUUACAAUGCUGCGGUUGGGACUUUAUUUCCUCAUUUCAGAUACUUUACUUCAUUGGAUUUGGGCUGUUCGUCUGUGAAACAGUUCUCAGCAUCUGGGUUAUUCAGCAAGUAUACACGUAUUUCAGAGGCAGUGGAAAGGCUGAAGAGGUGAAGCGUGAGGCAGCAAGAAGUACCAUGAUGGCAGCAAUGUGAAAUGACCAAACCCAAAGGAUUUUGGAUAGCAACUUGUUAGGAUCACGGUUUCUCUUAUAUUCUUUUUGUUUAAUGGUUUCUUCACAAACCAAAGGAUUUCGUAUAGUAGUGAAUGUUGUUAGGUUGUGCAGUCAGAUGGAUGGUGCCUCUUUUGAGUCCAACCUUGAAAUAUCGUUUUCCCCGUA